CGCAAAGCGAAUUGUUGUGGCCACCCCACGAAAGACCCUUCACGAGAAACGUGACGUCCACCAUCCUCUACAGUGCACGAACACCCCCGACCGAGACGAAAGCCAUCUCUCAAAACGCUUCCAAUUGGUGCAGUAGUGACGCUCGUUGGAAGCAAUUCAUUUCGUGUUCCUACGCUCGGGGGAAACCCAACACAGAAUCACAAUCCGGUGAUCCUCGAGACAGCGGAGCGUAACCGAGGGAGCGAGUGAGUUGUAUGGACUAGAAGAUUACAAUCACAGUUCGAGCGAGCGAGCGAGCGAAAGAGUACCUAUCCGUUUCAGAUCAGCUAGAAGGUUAUACAAAGUCAGCAUGACUGCGGGGACGACCAGCAGCGUUGCCCCGUUGUCCAUCGCGACCAGUACGGGAGGCACUCGAUGGUCCGGACUAGAAACGUCAGGAAUGAAGGAAGCUCGUUGCAGUCUACUCUUGCAGGAAGAAGAAACCUUCGAUUCCAAGAUCAAAGCUUUGCCUUCCCAACGGGUCAUGGUUUACCAAGACAAGGGAUUCAACCCCGCUGCCAGCUCGUCUGAUUUGGAAAACUACUUUGUCAAUUUCCAAGGCGCUACCAUACUCCAACUCGAACCGCAGCUGCAGGCCUCACACAUGAACGCGACAAAUAGUGGAGGCGCCCGUAGCGGCACGGUCACGAGUACCAUGCCCGUCACCAUGACCUUGGGAGGACGGUGCGUGUUGACUCCGGAGAAUUAUCAAGACUUUAGGGUCAUGAUGCGGACGAAAACACAGUCCCAGGAAAUGAAUAUCGCCCCCAACGGUAACUUCGAUUGGCCCGACGUUUCGGCUCUCCUGUGCUGCCCCGUCUGCGGCCGCAAGGCGCCCAUUCCUCAGCCUGGUGAACGCGUGCCGCACGAAUACUGGAUGGUGUUUUAUCCGCUCUUGCAAAUUACCGUAUUGAAAGGCUCUCAGCUGACGCUUGGGACGCGAACCAUAUGCCGGAUGACGUGUCUGGAGUGUAUGGAUGAUUUGUUGGAAGGUUUAACAUUAACAAUUCAGCCCGGAAAAACAAAGACAGCUUCCAAUAACAGUGGACUGCGUUCGACACGAUUGUGCUUUACCCUGCCGGCAUUGGACGUCUUGGCCGAAGCCGGUUCGGCAUCCUUUUUGGAAGAUGGUCCGCCCCGACCCGACACACACCCACACGUAGACGAUAUUCUAGAUGCCUGGACACUCUAUAAUCUAUGGGAGCAUUCAGGUGCUUGGGAAGCCCUACAGAACGAUUAUAGGCUGGUACUAUCUCGAUCCAUGCAAACGGGUAGCAGAGCCAAUAGUACUAAUGGCGCUCCUCAUGCGGCUGACGUUCGACCAAACAGUCGCCGCAUUAGCUCCGAAUCUCCACCGCCAACCUUUGGAAGAGAAAAAGUUGCCACCGUUACUCCCGAACCCCGUUUGAAAGAACGCAUGGGCAAACCUUGUGGUAACCGUGCGUGCAGUAAGGUGCACGGUCAACGGGACGCACAGGAUGGCGAGAUCGUCCGUCUCGCUAUCAAGUGCCGUGACUGUCUUGGCGAAUUCUACUGUAGCAAAUCCUGUCGCGCCGUAUACAAGUCAUUGCACGCCGAAGAGUGUGUCCGAAAACAAAAAGACAGGGAGGAACGAAGACAACGCAAAGCUAAGAAGGUCGAGUGUGAUACAUGUCGCGCAAAGUUUCCGUAUACAAAGAUGAAAAAGUGCAGUCGGUGUCGGCAAGUGACAUAUUGUUCGGUGGAAUGCCAAAAGUCGGAUUGGAACAACCGACAUCGAUUUCAAUGUCAAAGUACAGCGCGGUAGCAACGGAUUUCUUUGGCUCACUUGCUUUUUCCGAUUUAAUCGGUCUUUGAAUAGUCGUAGAGGGCUUUCUUUUUAGCUUACUCGACAAAGAGAACAUAUUGCAAAAAAUGCAUCAUGC